GGGGCACCGGGGUUAUCCCCAUGGCGGCGGCGGCAACGCUGCUGCUGCGAGCGGCGGGCCGCGCCCUGCUGGGCCGUGCCGCUCCCCUGCCGUGCGCCCAGCGGGGCUUUAGCGACUGCGGCGGGGCGCGCUGGGCGCCCGCGCGGCCCGGCCUCCCCGUGCCGCUGUCCUCGCCCCUGGCGGGGCUCUCCCGGCCCAUCCGCAUCAAGGAGCCGCCCAAGCGCAAGCCGGUGGAUCGGUGGACGAAGAAACGGGCCUUGUUCGGGGUGUAUGACAACGUGGGGAUCCUGGGCGGCUUCCAGAUCCACCCGAAGAGUCUCAUCAUGGGGCCCACUUGGCUGCGCGGCUGGCGGGGGAACGAGCUGCAGAGGUGCAUCCGCAAGAAGCAGAUGGUGGGUGACCGCAUGUUUGCGGAGGACUAUCACAAACUCAACAAGAGGAUCCGGUACCUGUACAAGCGCUUCAAUCGCACUGGAAAGCACCGCUAGGGAACAGAAGUGGCCUCAGCCUGUGGAGUGGAGUUUUGUGGCAUUGCAGUUAUAAUAAAGCCAGCUUCCACACAA